AAUUCUCAUUCCCCACGAAAAAAAAAAACACUUUCUACAAUUUUACAUUUCUACCCAAAAUCUCAAUCUUCAACGUCUUGUCAAACACUCCCUUGAUCAUAUUCUCUAAAUAAUAAUCCAUAAGUAAUUAAUUUUAAGGUUAAGGUUGGUGUAGUAAAUGAGUAAAUCAAUGCAAGACAACUCUAGUCUCUACCUAAGAACGGAUUAAUUGAUACUGAGUUGAAGUGAAAGGGAAAUUGAUGAACAAGUCACCGCCUUAACCGUCAUAGUGAAUGGGGAGAUGGGCAGCAUACCGUCUCCUCCGUCGUCUACCCUCCUUAUCGAAACCAUCUUCCGUUCCCCUUUACCCUUCUCAAUUCUCCCUUUUAUCUUCAGAUCCCACCAUUCAAUUUUUUCCUUUUAAGCCCUUCUCUUCUUCCGCUUCCUCAUCUUCUACUGCUCUUGCGCAUGAUUUUGAUUAUGGAUUUCGUGAUCUUUCUCAUUUUUACGUUGAUGAGGAUCGAGAAACGGCUAAGAUUCCCGUUAAAGCUUAUUUUCUUUCCACAAGUAUCAACUUAAGGAGCAUGCAGGCGGAGAAUGCUGGGAAUGUUGUCCCUCCAACCUCCCGUACCUCAAAUUACGUUACAUUCAGAUUUUGCAAUCUACCAUCAGAAACAAUGGGCUUGGGCGUUGAAAACAACGCAAUUUGCAACCGAUACAUGGUGGUAUUUCAAUACGGAUCUGCUGUCCUCUUCAAUGUUGACGAUCAUGAAGUUGAUUUUUUCUUGAAUAUUGCUAGAAGACAUGCUUCUGGAUUGCUUUCAGAGUUGAGGAAAGAUGACUACAUGGUAAAGGAGAAGCCAACACUAGCUGAAGAUAUGCAGGGUGGUGCUGACUAUAUAAUUCUUAAACAUCUCGACACUGAUGGUAUUCGCAUCAUUGGAAGUGUGCUUGGCCAAAGCAUUGCUUUAGACUAUUUUGUGUCCCAGGUUGAUAUUAUGGUCGAAGAAUUUGCAAAUAUAAAUCGAGGAAUGGAGAAAACUGGAACAUUUACAAUGCAUAGAAAGAAGCUCUUUCAACUAGUUGGCAGAGCAAAUUCUAAUCUUGCCGAUGUCAUCCUUAAAGUUGGUCUUUUUGAUAGAUCAGAAAUUGCUUGGAGGGAUGCAAAAUAUGCACAAAUAAAUGAGUAUCUUCGUGAAGAGUAUGAAGUAGCUCAGCGUUUUGGAAAUCUUGAUAUCAAGCUGAAAUUUGUGGAGCACAACAUCCAUUUCCUGCAAGAAGUCCUGCAGAAUAGGAGAUCAGAUCUGUUAGAAUGGUGCAUCAUCGUGUUGUUGAGUAUCGAGAACGUAAUAUCACUAUACGAGAUCAUUCGGGACUCAGCCGCUGGUUCGGUGUGAUCUGCUAGCAGAAGGUGAAGUCUUUUGCAGCACCAAUUUUGCAUUGUAUUAACUUAUUUAUUUAUUAUGUAUCUAACCAUAUCAUAUGCAAUACUACAUUCAUUAAUAGUGCAAUACUUGAAAUAAUACAAAUUACUAAUGAAAAUUUUCAGUUGCUCUUGUUCA